GAAAGCUGCAGAAUAAAAUCUCUUUCUGUUUACACAUAUCUGCAUGAUUCCAUCCGACUGUUUUUUUCCCAGCUAGAGAUAAUUGUUGUGUUUAAAAAUUGUUGUGCAGUCACGUUAAGAAUAUGUCUCCAUUUUGACGGGUGGAGGCUAAAUACAGAUUAGUCUUAUCAAAGUGAGCUGACACAUGAAGCACCACCCUUCCGCCCAUUUCCGAAUACGAGGAAGGUGUCAAAACUGCCCACGUCCAAAUUGAUUUACAACUACGACUUCUUGUUCUUCUUGUAUAAUUGUAAAGAAGCCCAAAAGACACCUGUGUGAUUCACAGUCCUGUUUGAUAACCUACUUCAGGUAAUGUCUUGCCUGGUUUUAAUCCGAUUAACGGAUUAGGAUUGUUUGUGCAGAUUACUUUAUAACCCAGCCUGAGGCGGAGGAGAGGGAUUCCUCAGAGAGAUUCCCGGGGUGAAGGACGGCUCCUUGUAAGCAUCCAGAAUGCCAGUCAUAAACGUAGAUGAGCUGACGGAUAAGGACAAGGCUGUCAUGGAAGUAAACCAACUCAAAACUGAAGUGAAACUUGAGAGGUGGUUGACCUCUAAAUGCUGUGAGGAAAUCAAGGACUAUAUUCAGGCUGGAGUGGAGGAGGACACCCUCGUCAAAGGCAUUUCAGAGGAGAAGAACCCCUUCAAGGAGAAAGGUGGCUGUGUCGUCUGCUAAACUGAAGCCAAGGAGCUUUUCAUAUCUUAGAUUAGCACCCAAGGACAUGCUUUGCAGACUGAAAAGGCGCGAGGGACAUAAUAGAGAAGAAAAAGGAUAAAACCUCAUGAGCUCCCAUGUAAACAAUUCCCCUUCUUCAGGACAGAUUCAUCACAUCAUAAAUGUAUUCUUUAUAGAUAAUAAAUGAAUAAAGGUUACAUUUGGCAAGGAUUAUAUAAUGCUUCUUUCUCGUGUUGUGUAUGUGAGCAAAUGGGCCCAUGAGUUGUUUCAUGUACUGAAUUAAAUGUGCUUGUUCAUUUUCAAUUGGGGACAGACAGAGAAACAAAUACAUCUUCAUAAUUUAACUCAGUUCACAGUUCACACCUAUUCUUAAACAUCAAGUUCGGGUGUUUUGUUUUAUUUUUUAGUUAAAUAGGCGAUGAGGUGCAAAAGAGAACAUGUAUGUUGUUUUGUCUAUAAAUAGUAAAACAAAUAAAAUGAACCACUGAUAAGC